AUGGGUGACGAAGAACUAGUAAAUGAAGUUUCCAAGACCGAUUCAAAUGGAAAGAGCUUGCAGGAGAAAACUUUGGAUGUAAUUACCGAGAAAAAGGACUUGGAAACUGGUGGAGGAAAAGUCUUGGAGAACAAUGGAAUCAAGGAGAAUAUUAUCAAAGAAAAUAAUGAUAACAAAGCUGAUGGUGUGGAAAAGGUAGAAGGGGACAGGAAAAUUGUUGUUGUGGAAGAAGCAAAAGUGGAUAAGAAAGAAGAUGGGGUGAUACAAGCAAAAGAGAAUCAGAAAGAUGGAGUUGAAGAAGCAAAAGAAGAUAAGAAAGAAGAUGGGCUCGAAAAAGUAAAAGAGAAUAAGAAAGAAGAUGGAGUGGAAGAAGUAAAAGAGAAUAAGGAAGAAGAUGGAGCGGAAGAUAUAAAAGAGGAUAAGGAUGUUGAUGGUGCAAAAGUAAAGGAGGGUAAGGAAGUGCAUGAGGUCAAAGAAGUCAAGGAGGAUAAGGAAGUUGAUGAUGUGAAACAAGUAGUAGAAGAUAAAAACGGUAAUGACGUGAAAGAUAUGGGGGAGGAUAAGAAAGCUGAUCUUAUUUCUGAGAAUGAAAACAUGGAUGAAGACACUAAGGUUAAGGAAGUAACGGACGGUAAACAAGAAAUUGAAGAAGUGAAAGCUGAUGAACCAGAAGCGGAGGCUAUGGAAGUAGAGGGUGGCAUUAAGGAGAAGGAGGAGAGCGAUGAAAAGGAGCAAAUUGAAGUGGCAGUACAGGAAGAUGAAGACAAGGAUAAGGAUAAUAUUGAUAAAUCAAAAGAAGAGAAGGCAGAAGAUAGUAAGGGUAAAAAACGUGGCAGAGGGAAGAAGAAUGGGGAGAAAGUGAAAGAGAAAAGAAAGGAACCAAAGAAAAUUGAGCCAAGGACUCCUACUAUUGAUCGCCCUGUGCGGGAACGGAAAUCCGUUGAGAGGUUGGUAGCAUCAAUUGAUAAAGAUGCAACCAAAGAAUUUCACAUUGAAAAGGGUCGUGGUACACCUUUAAAAGAUAUACCAAAUGUGGCUUUUAAGUUGUCUAGAAGGAAAACUGAUGAUACCUUCAAAUUGCUCCACACAAUUCUCUUUGGAAGAAGAGGGAAGGCAAUUCAGAUCAAGAGUAACAUAUCAAGGUUUUCUGGUUUCGUGUGGCGUGAUAACGAGGAAAAACAAAUGAUUAAAGUAAAAGAAAAACUUGACAAGUGUAAUAAAGAGAAGUUACUGGAAUUCUGUGAUUUGCUUGACUUAACAAUUGCCAGGGCAACAACAAGGAAGGAAGAUGUUAUUGCUUCGCUGAUAGACUUUUUAGGUGCCCCUCAUGCAACCACCACCGAGUUACUUGCAGAAAAAGACAAGCCCAAGAAGGGGAAAAAGCGGAAGCGUGACGUAAAACAGGGUUCAUCAAGAUCUGGGACAAGGUCUAGGCGUUCUGCAAAGAGUCUGAAGAAAAAUGAAGAUUCUUCAGUAGUGCAGAGAAAGAGUACAACUGACACAGAAGAAGAGUCAGAGGAAGACGAGAAAGAUUAUGAAAAUGAGGAGGAAAAUGAAAAUGGUGUUCCUGACAAAUCUGAGGAUGAAACACCAGAGAAAUCUGAAAGCGAAGACAAAAGUGAUUCUGGGAGUGAAUCUGAAGAUAUGAAAGAAAAGAAAAAACCAUUUAAAACGACAUCUGCAAAGAAGGAAUCUGCUAAGAAAAGUAAAGUUGAGAAAGUUUCAGUUGCCAAUAAAUCUCGCUCACCACCAAAAAGAGCACCUAAGAAACCUUUGUCCAACAUCUCGAAUUCUGAGGAUGACAGUGAAGAAAGUCCAAUUCCAAAGGUCUUCUCAAGGAAGAAAAAAAAUGAGAAAGGAGGAAAGCAGAAGACUGAUGAUGAUAGCAAUGAAAGCCCAAAUCCAAAGGUUUUCUCGAGGAAGAAGACCAAUGAGAAAAGAGAAGUGCAGAAGAGGUCAACACCUACUAAGUCUGCCUCCAAAGAGAAAAAUGAAGAGUUUACUAGAGGAAAGGGCAAGAAAAAAGAGAAGUCUAGCCCCAGCAAUUCCCAGUUACGUGAUGCAAUAUGUGAAAUUCUUAAAGAAGUGGACUUCAAUACGGCCACUUUUACUGACAUUCUGAAGCAACUUGCUAAGCAAUAUGACAUGGAUCUCGCCCCAAGAAAGGCAUCUAUAAAGCUCAUGAUUCAGGAAGAGCUGACUAAAUUAGCUGAUGAGGCAGAUGACGAAGACGGGAAAGAGGUUGCUGGGAAAGAUAAAACCCCAACAUCAGGCAAGAAGGUUAAAGCCUAA